CUAUCAUUUCGUGUGCCGCGUGGUAUAAAGACAGCAAUUUGGCCGAUGAAAGGCACACUCGGUCACAACACUCGUCUCAGUCAACAUCUAAAUUUUCUUACCCCGUUUAAUUUAAGUAUAAUGAACACCUUUGCCGUGUUUUUGGCCUUUGCUAUGGCCGCCGUUGCUGUAGCUGAGCCGCCAUCGGGAUACAAUUACAACCGUCCAUCCUCGGGAGGACGCGGUGGAUAUUCCGGAGGUGGCGGCGGUGGCUACUCAAGUGGAGGAUCAUCCGGCUACGUCGGAAGCUUCAGCAGUGGCGGAAGUUUCUCCAGCGGCGGUGGCUUCUCUAGUGGUGGUAGCUUGCAAAACGUGCCAGUUAGUGGUCAGACCUCCGAAGGUUUGAACGUUGACCAGCAGCUGCUGAACGAAAUCCGUCAGAUCCUGCUCCGUGAGGAAAGCCAAAGCUCCUCCUCGGGUGGAUUCGGCGGUGGCUUCGGAGGUGGCGCUCCCAGUGGAUCGUAUGGCCCACCAAGCGGAUCCUAUGGACCUCCAUCCUCAUCCUAUGGAGUCCCAAGUGGUGGAUCUUCCCGCGUCGUUGGCAUUGAUCUCGAAGGAGUGAAACAGGCCAUCCAGGUCGCCCAAUAUCUGCAAACCUCGUCCGCUGGUGGUAUCUCUGGAUCCUACGGAGCUCCAUCUGCCCCAUCUGGCUCGUACGGAGCUCCAUCUGUGCCAUCUGGAUCGUAUGGCGCUCCAUCUCGCCCAUCCGGCUCGUACGGAGCUCCUUUCUAAGAAGCUAACCAAGCCAAAUAAUGCCAUUUUAGAGUAGCACGAUUGCGUUCGGCAAAGUGUUAAUGGGAAGCUAUAUCCCAUAGAACAACAAACAAAAACUAUCGGCAAUCAGAACCCCGGCCAUCGUACCACGGAUCACGAACCAUACAUUCCAACGAUCGUAGCGAAAAAAUGUCAGAAACAAGACUUAGAACAUGCCACCACCAUUACAAAGAACAAAAACACGCACAUCCAAAAUCACUGUCACUAUACUUUCAAAACGGGUCUGAGCGAGCACAGUUUUCCACCGGUGUCCUUUUCCCGCUGCACAAUCCACUCAACUGCAGCAUCAACGUCCGGGAAAUGACAUCCAGUGGAUACGUUCUAACUGAAUAGCGCGGUAACAAUCGGCACUGUAGACUUUGACACCAGUAUAUCAUCGAUCAAAAAAAGAACCCCGAACAACAACAACAUCUCAAAUACAACGAGCAGAUCGAUGUGGCAAAACACCAACAUCCUGCCCCGAUCGAUCUGUCCUAGAAAUGAAACACGCCCAAAGUCUACAGGACCGCUCUGUUUCCGAUACCAGAGAGAGGACGAAGAGACGUCAAGACGAAAACUAUCUUUUGUUUUCCAAAAUAUCACUUUUUUGUUUUUUUUUCCUCAAAAAAAAAACGAUUGUAAAUACUGACUACUCUCACUCACUGGAAACGUUUUUAAUCAUCUCUCUUUUAUCUAGUUACUUGUUAUUUAGUUGUUUUUUGUACCGAGUAAUCGUAACCGAGAAAAGAAAAAAAUCAAAAAAAUAAAAAAAAUCGAAAAAUUUGUCACCGUUAAA